AUUCCUGGGCCUGACUCCGAGGCAUUUGAAAACUUUCUCGAGCCAUUUGAAACCUUUCUCUCCCAUCUAAUAGAGAGACGAUUGAAGGCUCAGAUCAUAUUCUACAUAAUGAAACAGAAAUACCCCGACACCCUUGCUCUUAAAACAGUUAACCUUCUCAGUUCUUCCCAAGCCAACAUUGAUUCUCGUACGAAGUGUGCUGAACUCCUUUCCAACUUACUUAAUGAUGAUGACUUAUGCACUUGGCACAAUCUAAGCAUCUUCACUCAGUCUGCCAUCAAAUCUUUCCUUCUUAAUCCUAUCAUCAAUUUGGACGAAUCACAAUUCAUCAACAAAUGCCGCUGUUAUACCAUUUAUUGCUUGCGUGCUUCACUUCUCCAAGACAACAAAUGGCCUGAAUUAUUGCCAUUGUUGUAUCAAUUCCUCACUGAUUCGGCUUCAAACAAUUACCUUAAAAAGUUUGCUUUUCGUAUGUUUGCUGAACUACCUGAGGGCAUAGGUGAAACAAUAGUAGUCCCUUCGGCAAAGACUUUGCACUCACUAUUCCGUACUACACUGAAUGAUGAUACCAUUGAUCUAAAUGUCAGGAUCACAGCUGUGAGCGCUGUGAUCAGAUUCAUUCAGCAUAUGCCGAGUUCAAAUGAAAAGGAGCGCUUUCAGUAUUUGUUGCCGGGAAUGAUGAAGACGUUGACUGACGCAUAUUUGAGCAAAGGUGAGGUUGCAGACGAGCAGGCCCUGAAACAUUUUAUAGAGUUGGCCAAGGAUGAGCCUAGGUUCUUUAGAAGUCAGCUUGUGGAUGUGGUAUCCACCAUGUUUGAGAUAGCAGAGGCUGAGACAUUGGAAGAGCGGACGAGGCACUUGGCAGUUGAGUUUUUGAUAACAUUGGUUGAGGCGAAGAAGAGGGCCCCAGGCAUGAUGAAGAGGGUCCCCUUGUUUAUUAGCAAAUGUUUCGCGAUGUUAUUGAAGUUAUUACUAGAUAUUGAGGAUGCUUGGCAUAGUGUCGAGACUGAUGUGUUCGGGCCUACAAGUAACUUCGAAGUUGGCUGGAUGGGUUUAGGCCGGUUUUCUUGUGCCUUAGGAGGUAAGUCUAUUGCUCAUGUUGCCAUGGAGCAACUGUCUGCUUACUCGGAUGCGCCAGAAUGGGAGAAGCGCCAUGCAGCUCUCAUCGCAUUUGUUCGUAUUGCUGAAGGCUGCUCAAAGGUACAACAAUUGUCCUACUUGUGGAUUAAUUAUGACUAUGGUUUGGUUAUAACGCAUACUAUUUCAACUCGGGAGAAACUCAAAAAGCUGAGUAAAAAGAUAAAUGAACUUCCUGGAUUUAGAGAAUGUGCAGCUUGCCAUGCAAUUUGGCGGUUUUCGUAUGACUUCUCUCCGCAUUUGCAAGAAAAAUACCAUAACCAAGUAUUCGUUGCAUUAGCUGCAGCUAUGGAUGAUUCUUAUCCACGAGUGCAGGCAAUUGCCGCAUAUGCUCUCGGCGCCUUCGGUGAGACCGGCAAGCCAGAAUUUUUGAUACCUCACCUAGGUGGAUUAAUUGAGAAACUGCUUGUACUUAUAAAGAAUGACAAACAAAUUGUCCAAGAAAAAGCAUUACAUGCAAUCGGUUCUACAGCUGAUUCUGUUAAGGAGCACUUCGGAACCUGCUAUGACACUGUCAUGCCACACUUGAAAACUGUCCUGAGAAACGCAGAUCUUCAAUCUAAUCUCAUUCUUCUUCCCCCUGCAAUGGAGUGCAUAAGCAGCGUUGUGAGAGCUGUUGGCAGAGAGAAAUUUAGAGAUGACGAAAAGCAGGUUAUGGAAAUGCUUAUGUCAUUACAAGCAAAGGUGGAUGAUCCAACUAUUACUAUAGACAUGCUAUAUGCAUGUGGUAGAAUUUGCGACUGCAUGGGGAAGGAUUUUCUUCCUUAUAUGAAUGUAGUCAUGCCCAUCUUAUUUCAUUGUGCUCAACUUAAUAGUAAAGAGACACUAGAGAUGAAAGCUAAAGCCUGUAAAAUGCUAUGUGGGUAUGCUCAAACAUUGAAGGAAGACUUUUACCCAUGGAUUUCCCAGGCCGUUUCAAUCCUUGUUUCACUUCUGAAAUUCUAUACCCACAAAUCUGUCAGGAUAUAUGCUGUUUUAGCCAUGCCCGCCCUGUUGCGUUCUGCUAAGCUGGCUGUUGAGAAAGGGGUUGCUCAAGACGAAAGUGAGUCAUAUUUCAUGGAGUUGUCAGACCAUAUAAUACUGGCUUUGGUUGAAGCUUUGCAUAAGGAGUCUGAGACAGAAAUGUGUGUAGUCAUGUUGAGCGAAUUGGACGAUUGUCUGCAGAUUUGUGGACCACUUCUCAAUGAAGGUCAGGUUCGUAGCAUCGUGGAUGAGAUAAAGCAUGUCAUCACAGACAGUUCAAGUAGAAAACAAGAACUCAGAGAGAGAGAGAAAAUGGAAGAUUUCGAUGAUGAGGAAGCUGAGUUGUUGACGAAGGAAAGCAAUCAGGAAGAAAGAGUUUUCUAUAAUGUCCGCUAUAUAUUGGGCAAAUUGAUCGGAACUUUCAAGGCUUCUUUCCUGCCUUUCCUUGAUGAGUUGUCAACAUAUUUGUUACCUAUGUGGGCCAAGGAGAAAACACCUAAUGAAAGAUGUACACCUACUUUAAUCUUUAAUGUCCUUGUGGAGGAGGGGUGUCCUGAAGCAGCUCUAAAGUACUAUGAUGUAUGUCUUCCUUCGAUUUUGGAUGCAAGCGAUGACGAAGACCCAAUAGUUAGACAGAGUGCUCUUUAUGGACUUGGUCUUUGGGCGGAAUAUGACCGUUCUUCUUUCAAACCUUUUGUUGGAGAGGCUUUGUCAAGGAUCAAUGUAGUGAUAAUGCAUUUACGUGCUCUUGAACCUGAGAAUGUAAAGGCAUAUGAUAAUGCUGUUUCUGCGCUUGGUAAGAUAUGUCAGUUUCAUGGGGAAAGUUUCGACUCAGCCCAGGCUAUUCCAACUUGGUUGAAUUGCCUGCCUAUAAAAGCGGACUUGGAGGAAGCCAAAGAUGUUCAUAAACAGUUGUGUUCAAUGAUCGAAAGGUCAUGCGGAGAACUUUUGGGUCCCAACUAUCAAUACCUUCCAAAAGUUGUUGCAAUUCUCAUAGAGGUUCUAUGUGCUGGAGAGGUUCUUGCCACAGAAGAAACUGCAAAACAUAUGAUUAAUAUUUUGAGGCAUUUUCAGCACACAUUUCCAUCAGCCACGUGGGCAUCGGCAGUUUCCUUAUUAUUGCCUCAACAGGAGAUGGAGUUGGAAUCCCUUUUAUCACCUGAGGAAGAUGUUAACAUUUCAAUCGAUGCAAUGAAGUUACUAGUCUUGUGAACUUGUGGGAGUCAUUUAGCAGUGUAUUCUUUCCUGACUUACUAAUAUGAAGCUGAUGAAAUGUAGUAUUCAGCAAAAUCAAUUCCAAGUCAGAUACUUUACUGUUGUACUUCUGAAAUUGUAGAAGGAAUUCUGAAUUGCCUAUACAAAAGUUUAAGCCCAAACCUUAGAUACUGGGUCUAAAGUCUUGCAGAAGGUUUCACACAAUUUCAACGGGAACUUCAGACAAUAGACAAAUGGUUGAAGUUGUAGAAGAAAUUGAACGUAUAAAAAAAAAUUGCAGCGCUAUGUGCAACAAUUAACUAGUUAAA